AUGAAUGUUUUUGAUACUGCGGAUAAGCAACCUAAUGAGGGAUUCAAUAAAAGAGCAGAAGAAUUUAAACUUAGUGCUACAGUGGAUAUGAUUGGACGGCUACAUCUAGAUAUGUUUCAUCAAGAAAGACUUUUGUUGAACAUGGUCGAUAUGAAAAUUAAACUUAUCCGCAGCAAACCGGAAUUUUGUUUACUGGGGGAGGGGAAUUUUAAAGUGUCAUUGGAACAUGCCUCAUUAUUUGUACGCAAAGUUCGAGUCAGUCCAGGUGUAAUUUUAGGGCAUGCAAAAAGUUUAGAAAAAGCGACAGCGAAAUAUCCUAUCAACCGAGUGCUUUGCAAAGUGUAUUCCAUUCCAUCAGGAAAUAUGAGUUUUGUUCAAGAUAGUAUUUUUACGGGCCAGAUGCCUAAACGCUUAAUUGUUGCUUGUGUCGAUAAUGAUGCUUUCAACGGAAACUAUAAAAAAUCUCCCUUCGAAUUUAAGCACAAUCAUAUCAAUUUUAUUGGCAUUUACGUAGAUGGGCAACCUAUGCCUCACAAUCCUCUUCAACCUGAUUUCAUGAAUAAAACCUUUAUUCGUGCUUAUCAGAAUUUAUUUGCCAAUGCAGAAAACCGAGGAUUGUAUCUUUCGAGAUCAGAGUAUCCAGAAGGAUACUGCUUAUUUCUUUUCGAUCUAUCACCUGACUUGUGUGAUGGUUCUCACUUGAAUUUAGUCCGUCAUAGUAAUUUGAGACUGGAGGUAAAAUUCGGUUUCCCUCUGCCAAUAACAACAUCGUUAAUAGUCUAUGCAGAAUUUGAAAACUUAAUAGAAAUCAAUAAAUCUAGAAAUAUUAUCUACGAUUUUGGUAACUAA